CACUACAAGUCCCAGAAGCCCCCGUUUCCUGGAGCCCGCGCCGUGGCGCGCUACGUCCGCCGGGAGCCGGCCAAAGCGGCCAAGAUGUCGCAGCCCAAGAAAAGAAAGCUUGAGUCGGGGGGCGGCGGCGAAGGAGGGGAGGGAACUGAAGAGGAAGAUGGCGCGGAGCGGGAGGCGGCCCUGGAGCGACCCCGGAGGACUAAGCGGGAGCGGGACCAGCUGUACUAUGAGUGCUACUCGGACGUUUCGGUCCACGAGGAGAUGAUCGCAGACCGCGUCCGCACCGAUGCCUACCGCCUGGGUAUCCUGCGGAACUGGGCAGCACUGCGAGGCAAGACGGUACUUGACGUGGGCGCGGGCACCGGCAUUCUGAGUAUCUUCUGUGCCCAGGCCGGGGCCCGGCGCGUGUACGCGGUAGAGGCCAGCGCCAUCUGGCAACAGGCCCGGGAGGUGGUAAGGUUCAACGGGCUGGAGGACCGGGUGCACGUCCUGCCGGGACCGGUGGAGACUGUGGAGUUGCCGGAACAGGUGGAUGCCAUCGUGAGCGAAUGGAUGGGCUACGGACUCCUGCACGAGUCCAUGCUGAGCUCCGUCCUCCACGCGCGAACCAAGUGGCUGAAGGAGGGCGGUCUUCUCCUGCCGGCCUCCGCCGAGCUCUUCAUAGCCCCCAUCAGCGACCAGAUGCUGGAAUGGCGCCUGGGCUUCUGGAGCCAGGUGAAGCAGCACUAUGGUGUGGACAUGAGCUGCCUGGAGGGCUUCGCCACGCGCUGCCUCAUGGGCCACUCGGAGAUCGUUGUGCAGGGAUUGUCCGGCGAGGACGUGCUGGCCCGGCCGCAGCGCUUUGCGCAACUAGAGCUCUCCCGCGCCGGCUUGGAGCAGGAGCUGGAGGCCGGAGUGGGCGGGCGCUUCCGCUGCAGCUGCUAUGGCUCGGCGCCCAUGCAUGGCUUUGCCAUCUGGUUCCAGGUGACCUUCCCUGGAGGGGAGUCGGAGAAACCCCUGGUGCUGUCCACCUCGCCUUUUCACCCCGCCACGCACUGGAAACAGGCGCUUCUCUACCUAAACGAGCCAGUGCAAGUGGAGCAAGACACGGAUGUUUCAGGAGAGAUCACGCUGCUGCCCUCCCGGGACAACCCCCGUCGCCUGCGCGUUCUGCUGCGCUACAAAGUGGGAGACCAGGAGGAGAAGACCAAAGACUUUGCCAUGGAGGACUGAGCGUUGCCUUUUCUCCCAGCUACCUCCCAAGGCAGCCUGACCUGCGUGGGAGAGGCAUAGCGAGGUCGGAGGAGAAAGGGAGAUCCCACGUGCAAGUAGGGGGAAUAUCUGUCUCCCUUUUCCCUCGUAGCCUCUAGGGAGGGAGAGUGACUUCAUUCUCCAUUUGAAGAGAUUCUUCUGGUGAUGUUUACUUAAAAAGUUAUCCCCCUCAACAACGGAUACAGCGUGCUUAUUACUGGGCUUUUAAGCCUCAAAAGCAUGUAGUACCAAGCACUUGUAUUUCCGUAUAUUUUGUUUCGUGGGGGAGGGAGGCAGAAGAACACAGAUGAAAAAUGUCAGUUUUUGAAGGGUCCAUGCACAUUCCUGACACCUCACACCUUAUCUAAGUCUGAAGCUGAGGAGAAAGAGUUAUUUUAGACUUCAUACAUUUCCAGUACGACUUUAGUAUCUCUCCAGAGCCAUAUUUUCUCAGUCUGAAUUAAUUCCCCAUCCCUAGGUGCCUGUAGGCUAUGAUACUUCCUCAUUGUUUUCUAAGUAAACUUCACUACUGGUAAUUAAGGGGAAGGAUAUGAGGAAGCAGUUUAAAUAGCCCUGUUCUCAUUACUCUUACCACAUACAUAGGGUGCUAAAGUUGAUGAACACAUUAAUCCGUUAAGUAAAAUGGUCUUUGUAAUUGUACGGCAUAUCUAAGAAACUCAGAAGGUGCAUUUAGGAGAAAGAGACCUGAAAGACAGAAAUCGUAUGGAUUCUCAAAAAUUCUUGUCUCUACUAUUACAACCAAAAAACAAAUACUUCAUGUAUGUCCUAUAAAAAUAUCUGUGUAAUUCUUAUGAAACAGGCUGGUAGAGGAGGUUUCUGAGCCUAGCCCAAGGGCUUAUUCAUCACCAUGGGUAAAUUAUUUAAACUCACUUAAUCAAGGAAAAUAUUUUCCCAGCUAGAAAAGUGUACUCAUUCUCAUUUAAACUCUCAUUUGAAGGGAUCAUGUGAGUUGGCCUACUUACAAGUAGUGAAAGUUCCCUUUUUAGUUUAGUUUUUUUGUUUUUUUGUUUUUUUUUUUUUUUUGCUCUUUCACGCAGCCAAAUGUGAAAGUUGUGAAUUUAGGAAAAUCAGUUGUAAUGAAGUGUGAAUCUUGUUAUCAAAUUUAUUUCGCUGAUGUUUCCCUCCUUAUACUUGUAGCCAAUAAAACAUUGACAUUCUCACGUUUUAUAGAUGAAGUAAGAAGUCUUGUGUGCUGUCUAUGAGUUAUAAUGCUUUUGCCUUUUUAAUAUUAUCAGUUCUUAAGUGUUACAGCCCCUUCAGAAUAUAACUUCAGGACAAUUCAAACUGCUUAAUGUAUGAUUUUUGAGCUUCUGUAUGCUAAGAAAAUAGGUGUGAAAAACUGGUGUUCUGAAAUAGCCUAACAUUUAUUGUAACUCUGAUUUUUCUGCCCUUUUAUUCAUUGCAUAUUAAAGUAUUAGAAUAUAAAAACUAA